AUAAAAACCAGAACGGGAACGACAUGAUCAAACACGUCAAACGACACAAGUCCGCGCAAUAAGUUCAAAUCACCUCCUCCCACGACUGAGAAGUCGCGCCUUUUUCCGAUCAUAAUCGCACUACAACCACCAUUCCCCACCACCGUUUCACGAUCUGAACAAUGCCUGAACCCUAAUUUUCUAAUUGCGAUCAUCUCAACGGAUUCACCAGUUCAACUGAUCUACGCUGUCGGAUCUUCGAGAUCAUUUUCCCAUAUGAAGUGGAGCUUAAGUGCUGACAUGGACUGCAUGCUUUUGCGUAGGAAACAUGGAAACUACAGAUCCUUCGCCGCCACCAUUGGAGAAAAGUUCAGAUGUUCAAUCUUCUGCUCUUACCGGCACUGGUGGACAAGGCAAUCCUGCAAAUUCCUCCCCAUCUACCUCUAGUAUAAAUUCUUUGGCCAAAAGCCUGAAUAUAUCACAGGCUUCAGGGGAGGUUGUGGGAGAAUCACAAACUGGUGGUGCAAGAUCAACAUUUGCACGUUUAACAAGUGGGCUUGGAUUGCGUUUACCGGCAUCAAAUCCUGUUGCUGACAGAGAUGCUCCAAAAGAUACAGCCGCUGGCCGAGCUGGUGUUUUUGAUUCAUUGACAAAAGGGUUUGUUGAUUCAUCUCGCAGUGCUGUAAAGGCUGUACAGGCCAAAGCACGUCAUAUGGUCUCGCAAAAUAAGCGGAGGUACCAGGAAGGAGGAUUUGAUCUGGAUUUGACGUACAUCACGGAGAAUAUUAUAGCUAUGGGAUUCCCUGCUGGUGACAUCAGUUCUGGACUUUUUGGAUAUGUCGAGGGGCUCUACAGAAACCAUAUGGAUGAGGUGAUUAGGUUUUUUGAGACUCACCAUCAGGGCAAAUACAAAGUCUAUAAUCUUUGUUCAGAGAGGCUAUAUGAUGCAUCACUUUUCGAGGGGAAGGCUGCAUCGUUCCCAUUUGAAGACCAUAACUGUCCGCCUAUUCACCUCAUCUCCUUGUUUUGUCAAAGUGCCUAUACAUGGUUGAAGGCGGAUGUUGAUAACGUAGUUGUAGUUCACUGUAAAGCUGGUUUGGGGAGAACAGGACUAAUGAUUUCUAGUCUACUUCUGUAUCUAAAGUUUUGCCCAACAGCAGAUGAAUCUAUUGACUUGUUCAAUCGGAAAAGAUGUGUAGAUGGAAAGGGUCUUGUACUUCCAAGUCAGAUUAGAUACGUCAAAUAUUUCGAGCGCAUCUUGAAGGACUAUAAUGGUGAUAAUCCUACUGGACGCAAGUAUAUGCUCAGAGGAUUUCGACUUCACAAGUGCCCUUAUUGGAUUAGGCCAUCAAUUACCAUCUCCGACCACAACGGGAUUCUUUUCACCACAAAAAAACAUUCAAAGACCAAGGAUCUGCUGCCCGAAGAUUUUUGGAUGAACUCUUCUAGGAAGGGGAUAGUGGUGUUUGCUUUACCAGGAGAGCCGGGUCUGACAGAGUUGGCAGGUGACUUUAAAAUUCACUUUCAAGAUCGGCAUGGAGAUUUCUACUGUUGGUUUAAUACAACAAUGGUGGAGAACAAAAUAAUCAUAAAUAGCGAUGAUCUUGAUGGUUUUGACAAGAGAAAGCUUCCUUCACCUACAUUCCAGGUGGAGAUAGUGAUGAUUGAUUACGAUGGCACACUUCCAAAAAAGCCGAACACUGAUCAGGUAAAAACAAGGCUUGAUCCGAGCUCAGAACACUCUUCAUCCAGCAACAACAAUGGUGGUGUUGUCAUACAAAAUACAGAGAAAUCAUCUGAAAAAGAAGACAAAGAUGAUGUAUUCUCUGACAGUGAUGGAGAAGAAGGUGGAUCAACCAGAACUAACCAGGUUCAAGCUUCUGCAGCUGAAACUGUUUCCAAUAAUCAAGUUUCUGUCAACAAUACAGAACCAGCUCAAAAUAGAAGCAGUAACUCUGAUGAUGGAGUUGGAAAAUCUGCAUCAACUGUUGAAGCACCAAAGUCAGGUUCAUCUAUCACUAAUGAUUUCAAGGCCAUUGCAGCUGAUGCUUCUGUUUUCAGUUUUGGGGAUGAAGACUCUGAAAGUGAAUAAAAACAGAAAGAAUUGCAUUUUAUUUUUCACCUUGCAUAAUCUUGAGUAAUUGCUUCAGUCGAAAAUUUUAUUGUAAAGGCAUCAAUUUCAUUGCCCGACAUAAUGUACCAACAUUUAUGUGAUUUUGAUUGGUAAAUCUUGUAUCUACUUUAUUAGCUAUAAUAUAAGUUAAUUGUUUGAAAA